GAGUACCUACCGCCACAUUGACUGUUUGCACGAGAUGUUGCAGCAGCAGCCACUAACGGGGAACGGGCCCAAUGGCCGAGGCCUCGGAAUGAAUACGCACCCUGGUCUGCAUGCCCUCAACUCGGUCCAUCCACCUUCGCAACACCGCUCUGAAGGAGAAACGGGCCUGGAUGGUUCCGAAAAUGGCAUCGAAAGCCGUAGAGACAUCGGAGAUAUUUUGCAGCAAAUUAUGACUAUUACCGACCAGAGUUUGGACGAAGCCCAAGCAAAAAAACACGCCUUGAAUUGUCACCGAAUGAAACCGGCUUUGUUCAGCGUGUUGUGUGAAAUCAAAGAGAAAACCGGCUUGUCUAUGAGAAGUAAUCAGGAGGAGGAGCCCCAGGACCCUCAGCUUGUGCGAUUGGACAACAUGCUCCUGGCAGAAGGUGUUGCAGGGCCAGAAAAAGGAGGCGGUGCAGCAGCUGCCGUAUCCGCAGCAACCAGCUCGGGCGGAAUGUCACCAGACAGCUCACUGGAGCAUUCUGACUACAAGAGCAAGCUGAGCCAGAUUCGGAACAUCUACCACACUGAGCUUGAGAAAUAUGAGCAGGCGUGCAGUGAAUUCACUACACAUGUGAUGAACCUUCUGAGGGAGCAGUCUCGCACCCGACCCGUUUCCCCUCGCGAGAUCGAGCGCAUGGUAGCCAUCAUACACCGCAAGUUCAGCUCCAUCCAGACGCAGCUCAAACAGAGCACCUGCGAGGCAGUCAUGAUCCUGCGGUCCCGCUUCCUCGACGCCAGGCGCAAGCGACGUAACUUCAGCAAGCAGGCGACGGAGGUCCUGAAUGAAUAUUUUUACUCUCACCUCUCAAACCCUUACCCCAGCGAGGAGGCCAAGGAGGAGCUUGCCAAGCAGUGCAGCAUCACUGUUUCUCAGGUGUCAAACUGGUUUGGUAAUAAGCGGAUCCGCUACAAGAAGAACAUUAGCAAGUUCCAAGAGGAGGCCAAUAUAUACGCCAUGAAGACUGCCAUAGGGGCAACCCAGAAUGAGGACUCUCCACACACUCCAAACUCUACAGGCUCGGGGUCUUUCUCUCUCUCUGGCUCAGCUGACCUGUUUUUGGGGGCUCCUCCCAUGAAUGGAGGGCAGGCGGCCUACCACAUGGGGCCUCAGGACUCAGUGACUCAGUCCCGUUUCUCAGACAGACUGUACAGCCCCAGAGAAAGCCGGACUAAUGGUAGUUGGCAGGAGCCGGCCACGCCCCCUUCUGUUGCAUCACCUGGCAGUGACCACUCGGAAAACUCCAACUGAUGGCCCCACCCGUUUGCAUUAAGGUUUUAUUGGUUUGUUGGAAGAGGUGUGUCUUCGCUGGAGAAAGAAACAACAGAAAAAGUUAUGCCACCAUGGUUUAUGCUUUUUUCAAAGCAUCAAUCCCUGUAUGUCAUCAUGUGCGUGGGUGGUUGAGUGUGUGGUGUGUGUCUGGUAUAGGACUGGGGCUGGGUUUUCCACUACUCUUAUCUACUUGUUACUGCUGUGUGAGUGAUGAGGGAGGGAGGGAUGACUUGACAAAACUCCAUUAUCACUACUAUUAUAUUAUUAUGAUUAUGUUUACCUUUUUUGCUCAGAUAGAAGUGAAAGUAUAAGGAUGAGGGGGUAAUAGAGAUAAAUCCAAAGAUUGUUUUGUGUGUGCUUGUUUUACCUUUUUUUUUUCUACUGAGCUGUGUGUGUGCAUAUAAUUAUAUGAAUGAGGUGUGUGUACCUUGUCUAUAUUAACGGUCUGAAUGAGUGUGUAUAUCAACAGUGCUGUCUUUUUUCUGUACAGUGAAACACCUGUAUUCUCUACCUCUUUUACAAUAAAGACUCUAUAUACACAUUUA